GCGGGCGGCCUCGUCACGGCGGCCCUGCUGAUGUCACACUCCGCUCCUCUGUGACUCGCGCGCUCCCUUAGUUACCUGGAAGCCAGAGGCCGAGGCGGGAGGUAGAAGACAGGGCCUCGGCCUGCUUCUCGGCCCCACAGGGCAGCCCUGCGCGGCAUUAUUGGUUACCUUUGGACAGAGCAGAGACACUGUCCCACAGACUCUGGAACCAUGAACAUAUUUGAUCGGAAGAUCAACUUUGAUGCUCUUUUAAAAUUUUCUCAUAUAACCCCCUCAACACAGCAGCACCUGAAGAAGGUCUAUGCCAGUUUUGCCCUGUGUAUGUUUCUGGCAGCUGCAGGAGCCUAUGUCCAUGUGGUCACUCAUUUAAUUCAGGCUGGCCUCCUGUCUGCCUUGGGCUCCCUGGGGUUGAUGAUUUGGCUGAUGGCAACCCCUCAUAGCCAUGAGACUGAGCAGAAAAGAUUGGGACUUCUCGCUGGAUUUGCUUUCCUUACAGGAGUCGGUCUGGGCCCUGCUCUGGAACUGUGCAUUGCUGUCAAUCCUAGCAUCCUUCCCACUGCUUUCAUGGGCACAGCAAUGAUCUUCACCUGUUUCACCCUGAGUGCACUCUACGCCAGGCGCCGGAGCUACCUCUUUCUGGGAGGUAUCUUGAUGUCAGCCAUGAGCCUGAUGGUCUUGUCUUCUCUUGGGAACCUUUUCUUUGGAUCUCUUUGGCUUUUCCAGGCAAACCUAUAUAUGGGACUGGUGGUCAUGUGUGGUUUUGUCCUUUUUGAUACUCAACUCAUUAUUGAAAAAGCUGAACAUGGAGAUAAGGAUUAUAUCUGGCACUGCAUUGAUCUCUUCUUAGAUUUUGUCACUCUCUUCAGAAAACUCAUGAUGAUCCUGGCAAUGAAUGAGAAGGAUAAGAAGAAAGAAAAGAAGUGAGAUGACCAUCCAGCCUUUCCCAGUUUGGCUUCUCCCCCUCCACCCCUCAUUUCCUGUUUGCACACAUUACAGGUGGCGUGUUCUAUGAUAAUGAAAGGCAUCAGAAAAGCUUUUGUACUUUGUGGUUUUCUCUAUUUUGAAUUUUUUGAUCAAAAAUUGAUUAGCAGAAUAUAGUUUGGAGUUUGGCUUCAUAUUCCUGGGGUUCUUCCUUACUCCCAUUUGUCAGCCCAUCUCUUAGCACUUGCUCUGCUCUGGUGGCCAGCCACCUCCAUGAGGAGUGGGGCCAGCAGAGAGAGCAAACUCCAGGAGUCCACAGCCCCACUGAGCCUCACCCAGUGGACCACAGACUAUUUGAUAGAGCCACCUCAGCCCACCCUUCCUCAAUAUUGUUUGGUUUGCACACAGUUUCUGUGGGGACUGGGCAGUAUGUUUUCUACUAGGAAGAAGUUUGCUGGCCCUGUGGUUAACUCAGGCUCAUAUUUGAGCUGUCAGCUCUACAAAGAAAGCAAAAGAGCCUCUUCAAUGGGUGCUUGCUUCCUCUGAGCUUCUCGAGCUUGCAGGCAAAUGCCCUCUGCCUUGCCAUCACAAAGGGAAUGUAGGCUUGUGUGUAUUCCCUUUCCCACCCCUGCCUGACCCUCAGGGAAUCUGCCUGUUUUCUAUCCAUCGGGUGGCAGGACUUCAGCAGAAAGAGAGAUUGUUUCAUCAAGCAUUUGGCUGAGUAUAUAUGGCAAAAUAGAUAACAAAAUUCUCAAAUUGGCCCUUUCUGUAUUUUUUGUUGUUGUUUUCUAAAAUUGAUUAUCACCAUAAUUACCGAGGAGCCUUCACCAGGUGGCUGUGACUCAAGGUCCUAAGAGAGGAGGAUAAAGAAGAGGAAUGGUUGAAUUCUCUGAAUCCUGCCCAACAAACCUAGAUAAAGAGUGGUGGGCAGAUCCCCUCCGUUGAGUGGGUCCUUGUACAGAUGAGUGCGGCAGUGCUGUGAUGAUUUGGGAGGCAGCAUCUUAAGAGCCCUUCUGUGCAUUUUUGUCUGCCCCCACCUGAACAUGUAGGGCAUGUCAGGCCAGAGAUUCGGGGCAGCAGAUAGAUGCUCAUUUUGUAGAUGCACUUUAAUUUUUAGUCUGCUCACCUGUUUCCAGAGAGCUGCAGGUAGGAGCCAGGUGACCAAACUUGUAAGAGCUCCAGUUCCCUGAAGCUUUGUGGUUAUAGGUGUGGAAGAGCAGCUGUAAUGGGUGGAUCACAAGUUCUUUCCUGUGGGCCUCCACAGUCAGCUUACACAGAGUAGUCAUGGCCCUGGCUUCUGGGUUUUAUUGCCAGGGGGCCAAGCUAUUAAAAGUGCAUUAUCAGCAGGCUGCUAUUUCUGGCUCUUCCUGUUCACAACCAGUGCAGUUUGACACAGUGUAGUGUGUUGUGUCACUAAUCCAUCCCAUGAAACUUCCUGGAGUGACACACCACCCAAAGUGGCUCAUUUCCACUGAGGAUGCUGCCCUUUGACUUAGUCGCUGCCUCUAGCCUCUGGCUUAAGAACUUACUAAAUGAAUUUCCUUCCUAUUAAGCCCCCAUUAACAGCUCUCCAUAAAUUUAGUGAUUUUCUGCCAAGCCUGAGAAUCUGAAAUCCAUCUCUUGAAGCCAGACUCCACCUCUUGUGCUUUUUUGCUUGGGAUAAAGGAGUUUUUCUUUAGAAACAGUGCCAAGAAUGACAACAUAUAAAGAAAGUACUUUAAAAGUAAAUGCCUAACAGAUUUUUUAAUACAAGUAUCACUGUAAUUUUCACUUUAUCUUCUAGUUCCUUGUUUUCAGCUCAGGCUGCAUUCUCUAACUCAUACUGUGAAGACAAAGGUGUUUUUGAUUCAGAAAUAUAUAUCUACAUAGUCUUAAUUUGUAAAAAAUAAAGAAAAUUCCUUAACCUUU